UUGAAAAGGUUUGAUUGCAUGCGGAGGGUUCCUCGGACCCUGUCGCAGUCCUCGAGCAGUGGAGGCGUUCUCUCUGUUUUGACAUGCAUCGUCAUUGUCAUGAUUUUCUACAGUCAGUUCUCCAUGUGGAUGUCUCCAGUUUACAAGAGGAGGACGAUAGUCCACAGAGAUAGUGAGGAUGAUCACGUGCCAGUCAGUAUGAACAUUACAUUCCUUAAAGCUCACUGUGACGAUAUCGCCUUUAAAAUACAUGAUCAAUUCUCAAAAAUUACAAAUGACAUUACCAAUCACGUGAUGAGGAAAUCAACCGGAUCUGGCUGCAGAAUGUACGUUGCUUAUGAACUGAAGAGAAUAUCGGGAGAGUUUGUCUUCACCAGCAAAGAUAAUAAGACGGAUAUGAGUCAUUACAUAGAGGGUGCUGUAUUUGGGGACACACACCGCUACGCUUACACGAAGGCAUUUCAUGCGUUGAAAGGUGUGAGACUGCGUGACAUAGGGAGUUCAACACACGACUAUAUUGUUAAACUUCUUGAAACCACCUUCAUUGACCUUUCGCUGGGAGAGGUCGCAAGCCCGUACCAGUAUACAUUCUCCUACAGAUCCCACCUUGUACACAACAAGAAGGACGGUACCCCGCCUUCUAUUGCUCAACACUACAUCAGAUUCAAAUACGCCUGGUCACCGCUGCUGGUGGAGUACAUUGCGGAGUACAACACACUUUAUGACGUCAUAACCAACAGCAUAGCUUACUGCGGGGGCCUUCUCACCACCGUGGAGGUCUUACACCGGGCCUUUAUUGGGGGGUCCGCUUUUAUCAAGGAGAACAUGUACAAGAAAUUGUGAUUGAUUAUGGAGUAGGUUUUGAAUUUUCCAAGGUUUGAUAGGCGGUAGAUUUGCAGACAUUUUUUUGCUAUUUAAUUUAGAAGCGGGAAUUUGGAUUUUAUAUUGGAUUGUAGUUAGUGUAUAUUGUCUUUUAAGCAUUAUUUAUUUAUUUGAAUCACAAAACGAUUGUGUAAUGUGUAUGAGUUAUGUGU